AACCCAUAUCUUUUUUCCAUAAACAAAAACAAAGCCAAACCCACAAAGAGAAAAAACCACUCUUCUACCUUGUAACACUAUGGCACACCGUUCCUCUCAACGCCGAAACUUGAAAGCUUCACAAUCCUUAACAACUUCUUCCCCUUCUCACCAUCCAACACCAAACCCAGAUCUCACACGACCCUAUAAACCCUCUUUCUUGGUAAAACACUUGUCAAGCCUAAACUUGGCCCAUAAACACACUCCUCUCGUUGACACGCGCUUGCAGACCAAAACCAUGACAACCUCUGCCAUUGUCGAUACCUCAAAAACUUCAUCACUUCUUAAACCUAAUACCCAUAACACCAGACUUGCUCCAGAGCCUGCACAGAAAACCCACAAGGAGAAGCCCCAUAAGCCUUGUUUAGAGUUGGAAAGGAGGAAACUUCAUGGCUUGAUUAAGAAGGAUCCCGGGUACGAGGUUGAGGAUGUUAAAAUUGAAAAAUCAAGGAAUUUUGUUGUGGAAAAAUAUGAUGUUGUUGAGAGAGUUUCUGUUUCUCUGGCUCCAAGUGGGGGUAGAAGAAGAUCCUUCUGUGGGUCACAGGUUGAUUUAGGAGAUGUCUUUGCAAUCAAUGGGGCAAAAAUGGUUUCAGCUGAUAUGCCACCCUUUAUGCAGAUCCAUGCUGUGGAUUGUGCUAGAAAGGCUUUUGAUAGCAUGGAGAAGUUCACAUCCAAGACCCUCGCACUCUCCCUCAAGAAGGAAUUUGAUGGGGUGUAUGGGCCGGCAUGGCACUGUAUUGUGGGGACUAGUUUUGGGUCUUUUGUGACCCAUUCGGUUGGAGGGUUUCUAUAUUUCUCCAUGGAUCAAAAGUUAUAUAUCCUCUUAUUUAAGACCGCUGUACAAAAAGCGGGUUGAAGGAAGGAGGUGAGUGAAUUCUGCAAUGGUCAGAAGAAUUUUGGUAUAGAUUUAUCUUAGAAAGAUAAAGCCUUAGAGUAGCAGCAUCCUCUGUACAUUACUUCUGCUUCAAAAAGGAAUCACCCACUUUGUUUCCGUCCAAUUCUACCUAAGUGGGUCUGGCCAUGUUAAUGCAUUGUAUUGUAACCAAUGGAGUUAAUAGAAGAAAUUAAAUUUUACAUGCCAAGUGCCUCUUCUUGUUGUUUACCUACAUGCAUCUAUCUUUUUUUACUGAAAUCAAAUUUGUUUGUAUAAUUAUCAGAAUUGUAAUUUUAAACUAUUUCUAUACUUUUAAUUUUAACUAAUUGGUACAAUGUAUGCGGACAUUUUAUAACAAGUUUCUGCUUUAGG